GCGGGGCGGUGCCGCAGGCCAGCGGACAAUCACGAGUGAAGCACCCUGCCGGUCGGGAAGGAGCUGACGCGAGCUGGGCCCUGGCAGCCAUCAGCCACCGCGCUUUGAGGUUCGGUUUCGAAGCCAAACUAAGGAAUUGCAUUCUCUCCAGUCGAAGACCCUGUAAGAUUUGGAUAUGUCCUUUAUAUUUGACUGGAUUUACAGCGGUUUCAGCAGUGUGCUACAGUUUUUAGGAUUAUAUAAGAAAACUGGUAAAUUGGUAUUUCUCGGACUGGAUAAUGCGGGAAAAACAACCUUGCUGCACAUGCUAAAAGAUGACAGACUCGGCCAGCACGUCCCAACACUACAUCCCACUUCAGAAGAAUUAACCAUUGCUGGCAUGACCUUUACAACUUUUGAUUUGGGAGGACAUGUUCAAGCUCGAAGAGUGUGGAAAAACUACCUUCCUGCUAUCAAUGGCAUUGUAUUUCUGGUGGAUUGUGCAGACCAUGAAAGGCUGUUAGAAUCAAAAGAAGAACUUGAUUCACUAAUGACAGAUGAGACCAUUGCUAAUGUGCCUAUACUGAUCUUUGGGAAUAAGAUCGACAGACCUGAAGCCAUCAGUGAAGAGCGGUUACGAGAGAUGUUUGGUUUAUACGGUCAGACGACAGGAAAGGGCAACGUGCCUCUGAAAGAACUGAACGCCCGGCCCUUAGAAGUCUUCAUGUGCAGUGUGCUCAAACGGCAAGGCUACGGAGAAGGCUUCCGCUGGAUGGCCCAGUACAUCGAUUAACGGCCCCCGCCGCAGCCCCGGUCCAGCCUCACCGCCACACAGGCCUGCUCUGAGAUUUGAUUGCUGACCAUGCAUAACUUGAAUUCAAUAGACUUUCAUUGGUUAGAAAACAGAUAUUUUUUAGAUUAUUAAUAUUAUAUCGACUUAAUUUGAAUGAGAAUUGAAAUCCAAUUCAAAUAAGUUUGACUAUCACAAUGUUAGCUUUCUAAUUCCACGAAGAUACUUAGUUUUUACUCUUUGUAAUCUGACAUGCCCCCCAGCACCAUUUAUAAAGAGCAGUUUCCCAGCAGGACAUUUGAAGCAGUUUUUAACAAUAUGAAACUACAAAUAUAAACCACAAUUAAAAGCUCAUCAUGUUAAAUUUUUAUGUACUUUUUGGAACUAGUUUUUCAAUUUUAGAUUAUAUACACUCACCUACCUGGAGUGUACAGUUAAUAAUUAGCUUAUUGAUGAUUGCAUGAUGCCUUACAGGUUUCGGUAUUUUUUCUUAUGCAAACGUCAUGCAAUAAAACAGACCCUCAUGUUUGGCAUCGCUGCUGGACAGAUGUUCCGUUUUAGUGUCUUACCUAGCCAGCAUGCUCCGAAACUUGGAGUAUUUACAUCAUACAUGUGAGGAGGUUGUCGAGAAAGAGCUCUGCUUCAGGAUGCUUAGAGCAGUGUUCCAGCCCUGGAGACGUCCGCACUUGCCAGGAGACGGGCUGUGCUUGGUUGUCCCUCACACCACAUUUCUCUCUGAUCCGGUACAUUUUUGCAGCAACACUACCGUCCCCAGCACCACGGGGGUCCAUGGCCCAGCCCCCAUGGGACUGCUUCUGGAGGAAAACACCGCGCCUGCUGCAGCAGAGGCCCCUGUCGCUGCGUUCCUGUUGUCUCUUUCUGAAGUGCGCUGGUCCUCUGUGCCUCGUCACCAAACGUGGUGACAGGCACCAGACUCCCCACGUUCACAGUUCAUGGCACUUUCCAGGGCAAGUGACCGUGGGUCCUCGUGUGGCCUGUGGACCCGAGGGGAAGCGGAGCCUGUCCUGCUGCAGCAGUCCUGCAGGUUGCAGGGGUUUGCUCCUGCCCUAAACCACGUUUGCAUCCUUCGCCAUAUUUUACUUGUUGGAAAGAAAACGAAUGCUUGUGUUUCAUUGUCCUUUUCCUCAGUCGCUCUCAGCCAGCUGCUCACAGUGUGGCACAAAGGCUUUUAUUUUUAGAGGUGACACUGGUCAUGUGAUCGUGUUCGCGAGCCUCGCUGACAGCCUCACCAACAAAAGUGUGGCCAGCUUUUUAAUGCAUUCUAAUUUCCUAAGACACUGAGUCCUUUUUCCAUUUAAGAUCCCCCUAAUUAGUAAAAUCAGAUGAAAGAUAAGUGCCAAGUAUGUAUCUUUAAAGACUCUCAAGCUUAAGAUUUCUCUGUUGGUUAUAGGCCAAGAUUUUACAGUGUAUUUAACCAAUUACAUUGAGGAUAUAUUGUUCCAAUGCCAUCAAGGAUAAUUUAAAUAUUAAAAUUAGUGUUUUCUGUAGCCGUUGUCCAGAUCAGUUUCUCGUGUCCUCUCGUCAGCGAUGGGAGGUAGGAGCGGACAAGGACUGAGGGUCCUGACCAGAAGGGACUUUCUGAACGUGAUCCGUGGGUGUAGUACUUUGGCUAUUCUAUUUUACUUUCAGCUUCCUUCCAAGAGAAAAUAAAAGCUUCCUCCCUGCUUAGAAACAUUAGUAGCACCAUGGGAGAAGUAGGUUGGGUUUAUUUGGCCUGAUAUGGUUAAGGUCCUCACUUCUGAUGCCCUGACCACACAAAACUAGACCUUACUGAAGGUGACUGCCUCUUGUUGACGGUAUGUUUCUUCAGUUCAAGUAUUAUUUCCUAAGAUCUAUUGUGAUGCUUCAGAAGUCAACUGUUUGUCUCGUAAAUUGGUAUAAAGGCAGAAGCUUACUGGUUUCCCCAGGGGGGGAGCAAUGCUUUCUGGUACAAACCACCUUGCUCCAGAAUUUUCUUUCUGGUUCUGACUCUGGGAUCAAAGAAAUUCAGAGCCACUUUGUGGGCCAUACCUAAACUGUGGGUGUUUUCCCGUUGAUGUGUGGCCUGAACCCCUAGAAAAAGAGCUGCAUGUAGCAGCCACAUCUGUCCUUCGAACGCCAGGGACACAGACCUGCAGCGUCCCAGCCAGGGGCCGCGCUCCAGCUCCGAGGCUCCUCGGGCACUCACCCCGAGCCCUGGUGCUCAGGAGGGCGGCAGGGAGUGGUGCAGCACCUGGGGGACUGGGGAAGGCACUCUGCGUGGGCCUGUGCGCGUGUGCGCGCCGAGGGGGGGGGGCCUUGUGGGAAGAUGGAUGGCCCUGUUGGGGGUGCAGAUUAAUGUUGUGCCUCCGCUGCAAGGUGGGAAAAUGGGCUUGUUAACACUCGUACGCAGGGGAAGGUUUGGUUCCUUAUACACUGGGCGCCGUCCAAAAGAUGUUUUAAAAUCUUAAUUCCAAAACUAAAAGUACAAAGUCUUAGUCCACUUUUGUAUUUCUAAAGAGAUUCUUAACCCCACACCUAUUUCAAUGACUACUGUUAAUUUUAUUUUGGGGUAACUGGUUAAACUGAUAGAUUCCAGUUGUCUUUACCUCAGUCUUUUUAGAAUGGAGAGUACAGCACUUUCUGAAUCAGGGCACAGACACUUCUUAAAGCACAGUCAUGCCCCUGACCCCACAGAGACAAGUUCCGAGACCGCCGGGUGCUUGCAACCCCAGACGGUGCUGAGCCCUCUGUGCUGUGUUUGUUUUGUUUUCGCAAUACAGACACAGCAUUUCGCUUUAAGGAAGCACUCUGUGGCCCUCUUUGGCAUAUCCACAUGCCAGCACCGUUACUCCGGUGCUCCGGGGCCGUUGUUAAAUAAAAGAGGGUCAGUGGGGCCCGGGCGCUGACCCUCACUUGUGCCAGCUGCUGAGUGACCAACAGGCAGGUGGUGUGUACAGAGUGGACUCGCUGGACGGAGGGACGACUCACGUCUCGGGUGCAACGGAGCGGGCGGCGUGAGGGUUCAUCACGGUGCUGUCCUCAGAGUGGAGUGCAGUUUAAAAUUUGUGGAUUUUUUAUUUUUGGAGUUUUCUAUAUAAUAUUUUUAGAUCAUGGUUGACCACUGGUAACUGAAACCUCAGAAAGUGAAGCUGCGGAUACGAGCGGGGGGGCCACUGUGUAUGAAAAACAUUCUUUACCGCAGCUCAGUUAACCCAGUGUCCUUGAGCGCCAAACACGCGUGAAUUCAGACACUGCCGCACAGAUCUAAAUUCCAGUUCCGUGUGCCUGUGCACCCCGCACCUGUGCUGUGGUUCACAACAUCUGAGCAGAACGUUGUCUCUUCGGCUUAGUUUUCAGCCGGCUCACACUUCUCUACAGUGCUUUCCAGGAUGUAGCGCCUCGUGAGUCACUACGACAGGGUCCUCGCUGUGCUGAUGAUGGUGCUGCUUGCCUUCUGCAAAAAUAGUUUGACCAACCACAUUCAAAAUCCAGCAUCUUCCUGAGUCCCGCCAUUAAAAACUAUACUUUUA